GCGCCCUCUGGCACGAUAUCCGGCCGUGUUCUUCGCGACGUUUCGGCUAAUCGAUAGAGAUAGCGCUCGCAUCGAGGAAGUUCUGUUUGCGGCGCCUUGUUUGACAGUUGUUGACGGACGCUAGCGCGGCGUGCCAUUGCGGGCGUGCAUCUGAGAAGUUUUAACCCGCCGCUGGUGACAAGUUGCGACCCGGUCGAAUGCCGCACGAAGUCAGAGUUCGUGGAUUCACGGAGCUCAGCGAGGGCCUGCAGCUCGACUUUGUGCAAUCCGUGCCGGACGACCUGACCUGCUCGUCGUGCCAAGACUUGGUCGGCAUCCUGUGGCUGUCGCCGUCGUGCGAGCACCGCUUCUGCACCCGCUGCCUCGAGUCGCUCCUCGGACAGGCGAGCAAGUCCAUCUGUCCCGUGGACCAAGCUGAAAUCUCUCGUGGCCAGCUUGUCGAGGACACCUCCGUUCAGAGCAAGGCCUCCCAAUUCCAGGCUUGGUGUCCCAACCGCGGCCAGGGCUGCACCGUAACGCCUCGCAUCUGCGACCUUAAAAACCACCUCAGGGAGUGCAAUCAAGGCGUGAUGACGUCGACACCUCCGGGUACCAGUGGCAAUGGCAAUUCUUUAGCCGGCAACGAUGCUAACAGCCCAGCUAGCAGCGCGGAAACUCACGGCACUCCGAGGUGCUGGAUGGCCGAAUUUGGCUGCGACUUUCAGGGCUCUGCUGCCGAAGUUGAGGCACACGAGAACGACUGGCAGCUUCACAGACAGAUGGUUGUGACACGUCUUUCCGAGUACAGGCGCAACCUGGAGGACAUCCAAAACGAGCGUGACAUGCUUCGCAACCAAGUGAACGAGGUGAAUGCCUCUCUCAAAGGACUGAACCUUGGCUUCGAGCACCACUGCACGCACUCUGCGAGCACACAGAAUGAGUUCAGGCAUCGCAUUCAGCAGUUGGAGCAGAGGCUGGCACAACUCGACCAACAAGGUGCCGUCGCCCCGCCUCAGGCUUUUCAGGCACAACCAACUUACAAACCAAGUGCCCCAACAAACUUUGAAAGCAUUGGAUUUUCUAACCAGAUGUCGAUGGCUCCUACAGAAGCAUCCAUGGCUUCCAUGGCACAGCCAGGGAUGUCGGGAAGCAAUUGCACACCAUCUGCAGCUAAGCGAAGGAGGAGAAACGAAAACGGACAUCGCCGGGGUCUUGCUGUUACGUGCAAGGACGAAGUCAUAACUCGUCCGGACGGCCAGUUUCGGUGGCUCCUGAAGGAGUAUUCGCGCACCAAGCGCCACCAGCGCCACGGCACUCACCGCUACACGUCUAGCCCGAUCUUCUGCACCGGCGUGCCCGGCUACCGGCUUCAGCUCCGGCUACACCUCAACGGCAUGGGCCAGAGCCGGAAAGGGCGCUUCAUGGCCGUCCAGCUGGUUCUGCUUCGGGGUCCCAAUGACUCCGAGCUGCCCUGGCCAUUUCGACACAGGGUAACGGUGACCCUGGUGAACCAGAACGGGCCGCAGCACGUCGGCUACACCAUCAAUGAUCCGAGCUUCCCGCGUCCCCAGGGCGAACACACGGUGCCCUACGUGUGGCAGGAGUUUGUGGCCUUCAGCGACCUCGAAGCCAACCCCGGCUUGGCUUGGAACGACUGCCUCCUCUUCGAGGUCACCGUGACGCCGCCCUCGCCGCCACCGCCGGGAAUGUACCCGCCCCUGUAAUCGUUGUGCUUGUCUCGCCCCGGCACUGUUUCUAAGCCUACUUUUGAAGCACGCAUACUUAUUCAAGAACAUGCACAUUGCUUCUCUAAGCAUAAUCAGCGCAACCAAACCUGGAUAUAAUGAAUUAUUGGUUAUAGCGAAUUUCGCGGCGGGUAACUUUGCCCUUACUAUAGUAUUAAUGAUAUACAUUUGUAAUAGAUUUUCUGGCAUAACUAAGCUAUUUUUAUGUCAAAUGAGACUAUGCUACAAAAAGGUUUGGCUGUAUGCUUGUGAGCUCUGCACCCUAGCACCAAAUAGCAUGCGCCCUUUGCCCUGCCAGGACAAAAUCAAAUAGAGCCUAGAAUGAAACAAAGCUAAGGCUGUAGCAGCCACCCGAAAAUGGCUGCCUGGUAUGUAGGCCAGAAAAUGAAAUGAAUCAAUGUGGGUUGACAUGGCACAAUAUAUUCAGAUCUUGAACUAAUUGGCUGCAGUUUGUAAAUUGAAAUGCAUAUGCUAUGUGAUUAGUAGAAGGUUAAUUGGUGGUCUGUUAAUUAGUUAUCUAUUGAUGUAGAUUUAUUGCGGAAGUAACGCCCAGCUCUAUGUGGAGUGAUGCCCAGCUAGUAGAACUGUCUACAUUGCGAAGCGAUUUCGCUAUUGCCAUUCAGAGAAUGUGAAAUGAACAUAUAAAAUGACCUUGCACACGUACUUUACUAUCAAAUAGCUAGUACAAAUUGAAAUUUGCAGAGGUCAAUGCAAUACGAUUUGCUUACGUGUUGUGAUGGCAUAUGAGAUAAAGGUAGUUUAAAUGCAACAAAUAUUUCAAGCUGUGACACGUUAAUUAGAAUAAGAGUGCAACUGUGAAAUCUGGGGCCACUUCGGACAUAUUUAGAAGAGAGAUUUUAUUUCACAAAAAAAAAAGCCCUAUAACAUUAGUAUUUGUCAUAUACACAUUGGUCUAAUUAUUUUGGCAGCUGCCACCCAUUCUGAUCAAGAUAACCUCUUUACCGUUUGGAGGCAAUGCAAUAUGGGAAUCAAUGCAGUUUGUGUUUCAUCAGUGUUUAAUGCGUACAUACGGCAGGGAUUCCCAGGCAUUUUUAUAUACUGCUUUCAUUCCUGCAGUAGUUUAUGCUUCAGUUUGAGUGGUGAAAUUAAUUUAUGUUAACUUUUAUGUGUGGAUUGCCAUUCUUUUGUUCUUGUGGAUUCCACAUUUUACCUAUGCAAUCCUAUAGUACAAUUAUGCAUUUUUUGCGACUUUGGACAUGAGGCUGUGAUUGCAGUACAUGUUUUGCUGUAUUAUGAACUUUCAUCAGUACUUUAUGCGAUGUGCAAUUCAUUUGAAGAGUCUAAUAAACUCACAAUAUUUUAGUGGGG